AUGCCAUCUCAACCAGCCUUCGUCUUCGUCAACAAGACGGCCGAAUCCGCAUCCCUGACCCGAUCGCACGGCAAGGAGCGCCUCGAAAUCUUCUCUCACGUCCAAAGUAGCCAGAUCCAGCAGACGGACAACAACGAAUUCGUCUUGGUCACCCCGGCCAACUUUGCAUCUUCCAAACCCAGCACUUACAAACAACUGGCAUGUUCGUAUCAUGGCAAGGGCAUGCGCAGGGUGAAGGAAGUCGGUGAAUUGCACUUCGAUCCCUUCCAGACCCUCGGGAUCCGCAUGACCAGGAGCAUGCAGAGCCUGCUCGCCUAUUACUUCACCAGCGUCUUACCCACCGUAUGGCCCGGGGCUACGCUCAAACCUGCAAAACAGGACUUGAUGGAUUACGCAAUGCGUGAUCCGGCGGUGCUGUACGCCUUGCUUGGACUUUCCAAUUCGAUUCUCUCCGUGGGCCAAAAGCAGGCCAAUCAUGCCCGCAUCGCCAGCGAAUACCGACACCAGACUAUGGUUCAUGUCCAAAAGCGUCUCAACAAGCCCUCUACUGUCGGGCCCACCACCGCGUAUGCAGUUGCGCUCCUUUUACGUCUCGAGUGUGGCGAAUGGGACUUUCCAGCCGCAGGAGUCCACGCCGAGGGCCUGGUAACAAUCAUGGACUCUCUAGACUCGCCUCAGGACAUCCCCACUACUUUACGGCUUGGCAUUCAAAUCACUCUAGAAUUCUGUUCAAUCAUGCUCCGACGACCAUCAUCAACUGCAGCCCCAACCUCUCCCAAGGGAACGAGCAUGAAUGACACCGUUGGUAACACCUCUUCAACCGACGAUCACAUCAAUCAUAUGAUGCCAGCCCAGAAUCGUCCUUGCGUCUUCGUCUCGGAACCCUACAUGGCUAUUGUCGGCGACUGGAUAUCCUAUUUCGCCAUCAAACGCCACUUACUCCACACUCACAUCCCCUACCCCGGGCAAGAUGGUGCCAAAGUCUGCCCCGGAAAGCUCCACCUCUUGCAUGUCGAUAGUUGCUCGCUCGAGGACGGCCUGCUGUCCGUGUCGCCCCCCGGCCCUACGGACACGCCCAGCUAUUUGACAUUCAACGUCGUCCGCUUCGCGUUAUACUUCACAUGCGGCCCUGCAAUUGAUGUCGCGCAGCCAAAGACACCUACUCAGCGUUCCUGCGCGGCGAAGCUGAGGACUGCUCUCGAGGAUGCUAUCAGUUUCCUACUCUGGUAUCCGUGUCUUGAUUUGUUGCUCUGGGCGCUGACAGUCGCGGAUUGCGUGUCGAAUCCACUGGACGAGUGGAAAUGGAUCAUCUCUAAGGCUGCCAUCAUCUGCAAAGAACUUGCCAUUCAUUCCCAGGAGGAGUUUGAAAAGACGAUCGCUCCAUUCGGCGGUAUUUCCGAGACUGCAGCGCGGACCGUUUGGACUGCCAUUCGCGAUGUAGAAGACGCAGAAACUUGA